GCGGCGGCGGGGCCGGCAGACGUGUCAUUCACGCCGGGGAAGCAGAAGCAGGCGCUGCGGUUGGCCCCAAGCCUGGGCUGCUUCCUGCUGCACAGGCACCCAGGAGCCGGCGGCAGCGGGCAGGGUGCCGGCCCCGCAGGCUGCCGGCAGCACAGGAUGGUGCUGGUGCUGGUGCUGCGGGCCUGCCUGGCGCUGGGCACGGCCAGCGGGGAGAGCCCGGCACCGGAGCCCCUGGCUGGCGGCCAGCCCUUCACUGUGGUGUGGAACGUCCCCACUGGCCGCUGCCAGCGUCGCUUCAGCGUGGGGCUGCCCCUCGGCGACUACGGCAUCGUGGAGAACCGGGACGGCCGCUUCGCCGGCCAGAACAUCACCAUCUUCUACAAGAACAAGUUUGGGCUGUAUCCCUACCUGUCGCGGCAGGGCGUCCCCUGCAACGGUGGCAUUCCCCAGCGGGUCCCCCUCAGCGCCCACCUCGCCAGGGCAGCCGGGGACAUCCACCGCCUCCUGCGCCCCGCUUUCCAUGGCUUGGCCGUGGUGGACUGGGAGGAGUGGCGGCCCCUCUGGGCUCAAAACUGGGGGGCCAAGCGGAUCUACCGGGUGGCUUCGGAGCAGUGGGUGCGGGACCGGCACGGCCUCCUGCCUGCGCGGCAGCGGCUGCGGCUGGCGCGGCGGGAGUUCGAGCGGGCGGCGCAGGCUCUGAUGGAGGAGACGCUUCUGCUGGGCCGGACCCUGCGCCCGGGGGGGCUCUGGGGUUUCUACCGCUUCCCCGACUGCCUCAACGGCAACUGGGCCAAGAAGGCCAACUACACCGGGCAGUGCCAGCCGGCGGAGGUGCAGCGUAACGACCGGCUGGGCUGGCUCUGGGCCGCCUCGGCCGCCCUGUACCCCAGCAUCUACCUGCCGCCGGCGCUGCCGCCCGCCCUCCGUCGCCGCUACGUGCACCACCGGCUGCGCGAGGCCCUGCGUGUGGCCGGCUUCGGGGCCAGCGGGCUCCUGCCCGUGGUUGCCUACUCCCGCCUCUCCUUCCGCCGCUCGCCCCGAUUCCUGGAGCCGGCUGACCUGGUGAACACCAUCGGGGAGAGCGCGGCGCUGGGUGCGGCCGGACUCGUGCUCUGGGGAGACAUGUCUUACUCCCGCUCGGCUGAGAGCUGCGCCAGCCUGCGUCACUACCUCGUGUCCGUGCUGGGUCCCUACGUGGCCAACGUGACAGCGGCAGCCUGGGAGUGCAGCUACGGGCAGUGCCACGGGCACGGGCGCUGCGUGCGCCGGCAGCCCCACGACCUGGGCAGCCUCCUGCACCUCGGCCCCGGCCCAACGGCCUCUUUCCGCUGCCACUGCUACCGCGGCUGGGCUGGCGAGGGCUGUGCCCAGCGGGUCCAGCCCAGCCCUGCCACCUCCUGCCUGGCGCCCACCCAUGCUCACAGCCUCUACGGGCCGAACGACCUCCCGCCCUCCGACGCCUGCCUGCCGCGGGGCACGUGGGGCUGGUGACCAGGGCUGGGGACCGCUGUGGUCCCCUACCCUGGCAGCGCUGCCGACCGGUGCUUCCUGUGGUCUCAUUAGCUUAAAUAAAUCCUCCUGGCACGGC